AUGGCCCAAGUCCAAGGUCACUGCGACGCCCGGUUUUCCAAGCUACGCAACAUGAUGCAAGAGUUCAUCACAUCCGGACAAGAUAUUGGCGCCAGUCUGUGCAUUAAUAUUAACGGCGAGGAGAACGUGGUGGACCUAUGGGGAGGGUACGCCGACGCAUCGACCAAGAAACCAUGGGAAAAGGAUACGGUAGUAAACGUCUUCUCGACCACAAAGCUAGUCACCAACCUGGCGGCGCUAAUGCUAAUCUCGCGUGGUGUGCUUCGCCCUGAGGACAAGGUGGCUCAACACUGGCCUGAGUUUGCAGCAAACGGGAAGUUUGAGAUCACGGUCGGCCAGGUGCUAUCCCACACAGCGGGUCUUAGCGCGUGGAAAGAAGAUAUGACAGUAGAGGAUGUAUGCGAUAUCGAGGCGGCAACCGACAAGCUGGUGCGCCAGGCACCGUUGUGGGCUCCUGGAACCGCAAUAGGAUACCAUAGCGUCACGCAGGGAUUCCUUGUCGGGGAGCUGGUGCGAAGGAAGACGGGUAUGUCAAUCGAGGAGUUCGUAGCUGAGGAGAUUUGCCGCCCGCUGGGCGACGGGGCGGACUUUCAGCUUGGGUGUCGCAAGGAGGACUGGAAUCGGGUGGCCCCGGUCGUCGCUCCACCGGGACCUUCGAUCCAGGAUAUUCUCAGCCAACAAGAGGGAUACGAUCGGGAUUCUAUCGUCGCGCGCACGCUCUGUAACCCCACGCCCAUAGCCGAGGACGCAAACACUGAGCUAUGGCGGUCCUGCGGGCUGGCCUCAGUCAACGGCCACACAAACGCUAGGGCGUUGGUCAAGAUCCUGUCCUGUUACUCGCUCGGUGGUACAUGUGCUGGAGGAGACCAUCGCCUGCUGUCGGCUGAGACAGUAAAACUGGCCCUUAGCGAGCAUGCGAUUGGGAAGGAUCUGGUAACUAGGCGGAGCGGGAGGCGUGGACUUGGGAUCUAUCUCACUGGACCUGGCUCGGGGAGUGUCGAAGGCAAGCUACCAGAUGGCAAUGUUGGAUGGGGUAGCGGAUGGGGGGGUUCAAUCGUGGUUAUGGAUAGCGAUAGGAGGCUCACAAUCGCAUAUACCAUGAACAGGAUGCUGAACGCGGAGCAUCCUUCCCCAGGAGCAUAUAUUAAGGCGAUUUAUGAGGUACUUGGAGUUACCCUAUCUGCCUAG